UUAUAGUUGCAUAUAAUUCAUAACUUUUAAAGACCCUGGUGACAUGGCCAGAAAAAGGAAAAAGCUAAGAUUGGAGAAUACUGAAAAGAAAGAAAAAAUCAAAGACCCUGAUGCUAACUCUCCUGAUUAUAUAUACGAUGAUGUCGAAAAGUUUCACAGAAGUAAAGAUAAGAUCCUUCUCGAUCCAAGUAAAGAGGAUGAAGAAUCCGAUUUGGAAGAAAAUGAGGAGGAAGAAGUGCUUGCUUUAGCUGAGUCAGAUGAAUCUGAUGAAGAUUUGGAGGAAAACAAUGAUGGCUCUGACGAUGAAGAGGAUGGUCCAUUAGAGGCCUCCACAGAUGAAGAGGACCCUGAUGAUGGACUUCCAAGUGAAAAAGCAUGGGGAAAGCAUAAAAAAGAUUUUUAUGAUGCUGAUAUCGAUGAUGAUGACAUUGAAGCCAGUGACGAAGAAGCAGAAAUUGCUGCUGCUGAAGAAGAGAAAGAAGCGAUGAUGUUGCAAAAGCGAAUGGCAGACAAACUUGAUGUUGACGAUUUUUACAAUGUGGAAGGCGAAAUUGGAGAUAAUGACUUUGAAAAGAAACAGGAGACUGCUGUUGUAAAAGACUUAUCAAAACUGUCAAAGCGAGAAAAACUUGAGAUUCUUGUAAAAGAGUCUCCUGAACUGCUUCCAAUAUUAAAUGAAUGCAAAGAAAGGCUUGCUGAAGUCAAGCAACGAUUUCAUCCACUUAUGCUUCUGGUGAAAAAAGGCUUGGUUGGUUCUAAAGAAAUUACCUUGUAUGUUCAAACCAAGCAUCAAGUGCUACUGAACUAUCUCACAAACAUGUCUUUCUACCUUGCUUUAAAAGCGAGCAAAGAUAACGUGAAAGGUCAUCCUGUUGUGGACGUGCUGUUUCAACACCGCCAGCUGCUCUCUCAAAUGGAAGGCCUGGAUCAGAAAUAUGCUGAUGAAAUUGAACAGUUGUUAAAAAAUGGUGGAGAUGUAAAAAGCAUGACAGCUAUAAAAAGUAAAACAAAGAAAGAUUCGUCUUUAAAGAGGCAGUUGAAUGAAGAAGUUAAAUUGGUGAGAAAGAAACAAAGAAAAGAAGCUAAGAGUGAACUUCAGCGUGAAUCGAGCUUAGAUAUCGAUCCUCUGGAAUAUUACAACUCCAUCAAACAGCAACGCGAGGCUGAAAAACUCAACUUACAAAGCGAAGAAGUAGAAGACGAAGAGUUAGUGGCAGAGGAAUUUGACGAGGAUGGUAAACGAAAGAUUACUUAUCAGAUGUCGAAAAACAAAGGAUUGAUGAGAAAAAGACGAAAAGAACUGAAGAAUCCUCGUGUCAAACACAAAAUGAAGUUCAAGAAAGCUAAAAUCAAACAUAAGGGACAGGUUCGUGAAGUGAGGAAAGAAACUGAACGUUACGGAGGAGAAACAACCGGAAUCAAAACAAACUUGGCGAGAAGUGUAAAACUCAAAUAAAUGUAUCAUGGAUUACCCUGUCCGUUUUUUAGAAAUACAAACUCCAUUUUUAAUA